UCUGCACUCCUGUCCUGGCCUCUCUCCUGCCUGCGGGAUCCGUGGCCCUAUGGAUGCCCCUGUGCAGAUUUUCCGGGAGGAGCUGGGCUCUUCCUGCCCCCCAGGGCCCUGCCGUCCCCCCAGCACCAGCAGCAGCUGGCCCCUGGGCUGGGCAGACUAUGACAGUAACAGCACUGGCACUUUUGGGGACGUCCAGCACAACCACACCAGCAUCUCCCCCGCCAUCCCCAUCAUCAUCACUGCUGUCUACUCGGUAGUCUUUGUGGUUGGCUUGGUGGGAAACUCUCUGGUCAUGUUUGUCAUCAUAAGAUAUACAAAAAUGAAGACAGCAACCAACAUCUACAUUUUCAAUCUGGCUUUGGCAGAUGCUCUAGUUACCACUACUAUGCCCUUCCAAAGCACUGAAUACCUGAUGAACUCUUGGCCAUUUGGAGAUGUGCUCUGUAAAAUAGUUGUUUCGAUUGACUAUUAUAACAUGUUUACUAGCAUAUUCACACUGACUAUGAUGAGUGUGGAUAGAUACAUUGCAGUGUGUCACCCUGUGAAAGCUCUGGACUUCCGUACUCCUCUCAAGGCAAAAAUAAUUAACAUCUGUAUCUGGCUACUGUCCUCAUCUGUUGGCAUAUCUGCCAUAGUUCUUGGAGGAACCAAAGUCAGAGAAGAUACUGCUAGCACUGAGUGUUCCUUGCAGUUUCCAGACAGAGAUUACAUGUGGUGGGACACCUUCAUGAAAAUCUGUGUCUUUGUCUUUGCAUUUGUUAUUCCAGUUCUCAUUAUUAUUGUUUGCUACACUUUGAUGAUCUUGCGUCUUAAAAGUGUACGGCUUCUCUCGGGCUCUCGAGAGAAAGACCGAAACCUGCGCCGCAUCACCAGAUUAGUUCUUGUGGUUGUGGCAGUAUUUAUUAUCUGCUGGACUCCUAUUCACAUUUUUGUGCUGGUUGAAGCGUUGGGGGAUGUGUCUCAUAGUACUGCAGCUAUAUCCAGCUACUAUUUCUGUAUUGCUUUGGGUUACACCAAUAGCAGCCUCAAUCCGAUCUUGUAUGCUUUCUUGGAUGAAAACUUCAAGAGAUGUUUCAAGGACUUCUGUUUCCCAUUUAAGAUGAGGAUGGACAGGCAGAGCACCAGUAGAGUCAGAAACACUGUGCAAGAUCCAGCUUAUAUGCGGGAAGCAGAUGGGACAAACAAACCUGUAUGACUAGUCGUGGAAAUGUCGUCUUACUGUCAUCAAGAGAGAGAAGAAUCCAAUGACCUAGGACUGACUCAGGUUACUACUGCCAUUUGAACUAAACUCACCAGAAGGACACUUAUGGAACAUUUAAGAAAUCCUAGCAGUGUGAACUAAAACAAGUUAAUCAUUUACAAACAAGAAACUGCUGAAAAUAAGCUCAAAUGACAAG